AUGGACAUGAUGAUGAUGAUGUCACAAGGUGUAGUGUGGCUGGGGGGGCUCAGCAGGAUGGAAAUAGAUGCCCGCUUUCGCUAUUAUUUCCAGCACCCAUGGUCGCGUCUCUUCGUGGCCUACCUCGUCACCUUCUGUAACUUCCUCAUCUUCGCCGAGGACCCCAUCUCCCACAGCCAGACCGAGGCCCAUAUGAUCGUGGUGGGCAACUGCUUCUCCUUCCUGUUCAACAAGUACCAAGAUCUCGGAUUGAACACCCUGAAAGUAAUAUGCUGGACGCUGGCCAUCAUCACCGGUAUGCUAGCCGGGAAGUUUAUAUUCCACCGUCGGCUCUUUGGUCGAUACCUGCGCCUGAAAAUGUUCCGCGAGGAUCAUGGCUCCUGGAUGACCAUGUUCUUCAGCGCCAUCCUCUUCCUCUUCAUCUUCUCGCACAUCUACAACCUUAUCCUGCUGGUGGUUGGGGGCAUGAGGCCUCACAUGGUGACAGAGUACAUGGGCAUCAGGAAUGAGAGCUUUAUGAAGAUUGCUGCCGUGGGGACGUGGAUGGGAGACUUUGUCACUGCUUGGAUGGUGACAGAUAUGAUGCUCCAGGAUCAGCACUAUCCAGACUGGGGCAAAGCAGCCAGGAGAUUCUGGAAACAAGGCAACAACAGGAUUGUUCUCUUCUGGGCGGUGCUCUUCUCUCUGACGUCGGUGGUGGUUCUGGUCAUCAGUACGGACUGGAUCAGCUGGGACAACCUGAACCGCGGCUUCCUGCCCAGCGAUGAGGUCUCCAGAGCCUUCCUGGCCUCCUUUAUCUUGGUCUUCGACCUUCUCAUUGUCAUGCAGGACUGGGAGUUCCCUCACUUCAUGGGCGACCUGGAUAUGAAUCUACCAGGGAUGUCAACAACGCAUGUGAAGGUCAAACUCCCCGUCUGUAAGAGUAUCUUCAAAGAGGAGUACCACAUUCACAUCACAGGCAAGUGGUUCAACUACGGAAUCAUCUUCCUCGUGCUGAUUUUGGAUCUCAACAUGUGGAAGAACCAGAUCUUCUACAAACCCUACGAAUACGGUCAGUAUGUCGGGCCAGGUGAGAAGAUCUUCACAGUGGAGGAACCGGAAACACUCAGGCUCUUCAACCGCAGCACGCUCACCUACGAGUGGCGCUCCACCAACAUCAACCCCGCCACCAACCUGAGCUACGUGCAGCGGGACAUGUUCCUGCACAGCCGCUACGUCGGAGCCAGCUUGGACAUCAAGUGCCUGGCCUUCAUCCCCAGCCUGGCGGCGUUCGUCCUCUUUGGCUUCUUCAUCUGGCUCUUCGGGCGAUUUCAGGACAGCGAGACCUUCACGGAAAACCAAGACAAGUCGUACGAGAGGAUAAAGAGGAAGUCGCCGUCCGAGUACAGCAAGGAGAUGGGUGUGACCCCGGAGGAGACACAAAUGACGAUGAGCGACAGUUUGAGACGAUCGGGGACGCCCAUGCUUCUGUCAGUGGACGAGCCACAUUUCGGAGUGACGCCCUCCACGAACUCGACCAUCUCCAUGGAAACCCAAGAGACGCAUCCAAGCAUUGUGAUUGACAGUGCGGACCAGGAGGAACCAGCCGUCUCUUUUGACGUGCACAAGCCCUCUCCGUGACCUAAUGAACUCAUGAGACCUUAACUAUAUAACUGCCGAGCAAGGGAUGAAUAUGUGGCUCGUCUAGAUGUUGAGCACAACUUGUUACGAGAGUCAAGUGGAGGACAAAGUGAGAUUCACCCGGCUCAUGUGACAGCUGCUGCAGUUGUAUUGAUAUAUUUUUCUAAACCAACGUUUUAAAAGUAAAGCCAGAGAAACGGCACCAAUUUCCAUAUCAGGAUGGAAAUGAAAACAGAAUGCAAAUACCUAAAUGACAUGGUGCUCACUCGAGUUUUGCAUUUUCAUAAUUCAACUUUGUCAUGGUAACUACUUCUGUGCCUAUAUCAGAGGAGUAUUUCUCCAGUCGUAUCACACCAGUGUCACAGAUACAGUUAGUGCCUUGAUAUGAUAUGAUUCAGACAUAUUAUAACUGUCUAUAAUACUACAGACGACAAAAUGGAAGAUGUCCCUUUUAUGAUCUGCUAUGUUAAUGUUCUAUUUAUGCUUUCAAAUCAAACAUUAUUCUAUUUAUGCUUUCAAAUGGAAAAUUGUUACCUCGUUUGAUUGUCAGACUUUAUCAUUUUAAUUUAUUUUCACGUGGCGUCUCUCUUUCUCGAGUUUAGAAGCAUCAUUCUUGUUGAAAUGAUUGAUAUGAACGAUAUGAACAUCAAUAUGUUUGAUGAUCUAUUUAUACACCCUCGCUUGAUAUUAGUUGCAGAUAUAAUAAAUGCAAUCAGUGGAGAUCAAGUACCAAAUAAACGAGCGCAUCUCAUGAUUGCUUAUGUGGCUGCUGUACCAAGACUGAAUACCAACAGAGCGAGAAAGCUGGUUUUGCCCUUGGCAUAAACAUGCAUUUGAAGCGCAGGAGAAGGCUUUUGCUCAAAAGCUCAGGGCACCUUUAUGUCUAGAUAAACCUUGAAAGGUUUAGAAGCAGUUUUGCAGUCAUGGUUAACGCUUGAAAAAAAAAAAAUUUGAAACAUCCUAAAGUAAAAAUUGAAACCUUGGUUUCAAACACAGCUUAAACCUGAAGCUUUAAUCUUUACACUGGCUUUAAAAGUGUUGCUGCCUUUUUUAAAUUAUUUUCCUUUGGUUUUCCAUUUCUUUAUAAUACAAAUAUUUUGGUUCCAAAUAGUGUCCAGAUUAAUUUCAUUCAAGUAUUAACCCAACUCUAACUAAACUACUAAUCUUUCCAUGUAAGUGCAUCAUGUAUAAAUAAGUACUUUACAUAUAUGUAACCAUGAUGCCAAAUAAUAGUUUUUAACAUAUUGUGCUGUUUAUAAAAUUUGCUAAUUUUGUAGUAUAUGUCUUAACCAUAGACUGUACAUAAAGAUGGACGAAAUGACAGCUCCCUAAAGGUGAAGCCAAAGCGUCUCAAUCGCCACCUAGUGGCUGGCUGCAAUAUCAGUCAUAAACCCUACCUCCUCAAUGUUAAUGGUUAGGACAUCAAAUGGGUUUAGGUGGUUUUUAGUGAGUGUUUUUAGUGAGUGUUUUGUUUUAGUUAAUUAUUUGAUGCAAUAAAAAUGGGGUGAAACAUCAAGAUGACAGGUGAGCCUGACUCGUAAUUGAAGCAUCUGGAUCACUACUACACACAUCGCUACUGCACAGAUGCUGGCUCCAAAAUGGCAGUUUUCGUAUCCGGGAUAUUUGAGCUUCAUAUCUGCAUAGUGGGAGGAAGUGGAGACACGUCGUUCAUCUUUGUAUACAAUGUAUGGGCUUAGCCAAGUCAAAUUUAAAUAAAAGAAAAUCGAGCCAAACAAUUGGAAAAUAAUUGAAACUACAAAAUACUUUUACUUUAUAUAUCACAACUGGUAUACUAAUCUGAUGGGUCUAUAUACUCCUGAGAGUCAGAGUGGAACGAUUUAUGCUCUUAGAACACUCUGCUUUAUACACUGUAAUGUGCUGUAGCUUUUUCCCUAAAAAGAGUAACCUACUAAAAAUAACUGCUCCCCAACACCUCUGUCCUAUGAAAUACAUUGUGCAGCAUUAUUCACUGUCAUAUUAUCCUGCUUUGCUGCUGAAGUUUCCCCACAGAAGAUAUAACGUUUCCCCAACACUACAGGGAAGAGAAGCCUGGAGUCUGCCACCAGAAUAUUACAGUGUUUUACAGUGCUUGAUUAUAAUCAGUUCAUAAAUGGAUGGGCAUUUAUAUAGUCAAGUAAUGAUUAACAAUUAAAAAAUAGGUUUAUGAUUUUAUAAUAAAUAUUUUAAUAUCUUAUUGCUAAUAUGUUAAUUACUAAGAAGACUAAGAAGAUAUUUCCUGGGGUUAUGUUUGUGAUUAUCAUUGUUUAUCAUGAAAUAUGAUGAUUAUUUAUCAUGAAAAAUAUAUUUUUAGAUGAGAAUCCGCUUAAAUACCUUAAAUUAAAGAGACUUGUCUUUAAAUUGAAGCAAUCCCUAAAUGGAAAUUGUAAGUGGUUGACAUUAUUUAUAAAUACUUCAAAGCUUGAAUUAGAACUGAUUUUAUUUUGGUUUAGAGACAAAUAUGUCUUCAUAUAGCUUUUUUACAGUAUUGGCAGUUUUAUAACUUAUAAUAAAGCACUGUUAAACUGUAUAAUUAUUGCAGUGGCACUCUUCACACUCUAUACCAUACUCUGUGAGGGCAUGUGUGUUCAUUAUGGGGGCAUAGGCGACUAUUAGUGUAUGCAAAGAAUACUUAAUAGUACAUGGUGUGUGUGUGUUUGUGUGUUUGUGUACGUGUGUGUGUGUGAUUGCAGUGCAGGCUUGUGAAGUGUUUACUACAUUGUUUUUGACAAAGGCCAUUCUGUGAAGAGGUCAUUUUAUUUAGCAUAAUUUUUUUCCAGCUCUUGGUUCUGUAAUUAUCCUUUUAUAUAUUACAGCUCUAUGAGGACAUUCGAUAUUAGUGUUUAACCAAAGGGCAGAACCUCUUAGGACUUGAAGAGAGUCUAAUAUACAUGUCAUGUAAUGUGUCUCGCUUAACAGUUACUUUUUAUUGUGUUGACACUUUCUUUAGUUCCUGUGUGUUUGUGUUUUUUAAAGCUGAC